CCCCCAUCACACUUCUCUCCUCUUUUUAAGGUCGAAUACCUCUUCGAAAUCUCUUUGGACGUUGUUGCAGAAACGGGAACACAAAGUCCAUUCAGAAAUGUAGUUAGAGUCAAUGUCUUAGCUCCACCUUCAUUGUGUGGCGCAACGUCUUUUAUGCCACUCGUCGCUUAUGACUUUGUUGCCCCGUCAGAAGUCAUUUUGAGACCAUUUUGGAUCGAAGAUAAAUCGACGGAUGUGUGUGGAAUUUGUAAAGCAUCGUUCGGUUUAAUAACAAGAAAACACCACUGCAGAAGAUGUGGGAAAGUGUUCUGUUCAUCGUGUUGUGUCGACUUUGUUUUGAUGAAGGAUUUGGGUUUCGACAAACCAGAGAGAGUGUGUAAAAAGUGUAAAGCCGAACUCGACAAGAAAUAA